GAUUGAGCAUUCUGGAGUUGCUGCAGCUUUCACAAUCGCUCUCUCUAUGACUUCCUCUCACCUCAGCAAUCUCAGAUGCUCCACCUUUCCCCCACGAGCUCCAACAUCGCCGAUAUUAAAUGAGGCAGCGGAGGUCAAUGCUGCUGUUUUGAGUUUUGAGGGGACUACACUAAGAAUAAGGAAGAUGUUCGACAAGAUUGAUCUCUCGGUUUCCUCAUACGACACAGCUUGGGUAGCAAUGGUCCCUUCUCCGAAUUCCCCAAAGGACCCGUUUUUCCCCGAAUGCGUAAACUGGUUAUUGUGUAAUCAACUCCGUGAUGGCUCAUGGUGUCCUUCUAAUUUGCAUCCCUUGUUCACGAAAGAAGCUCUCUUAUCUACCUUAGCUUGCAUCCUUGCACUGAAACAGUGGAAUGUUGGCGAAGAACAAAUUAACAAGGGGCUACACUUUAUCGAAUCAAAUUUAGCUUCAGCUUCUGAUGAAGAACAACAAUCCCCCGUUGGAUUUAAUAUAUUAUUUCCUGCGAUGAUUGAAUCUGCAACGAAUUUGAAGAUGAACCUUCCCUUCGGUGCACCAACGCUAGAUGCUUUAUUUCACAGAAGAGACUUUGAGCUGAAAAGAGGUUAUGCGAGCAACUCAGAGGGGUGGAGAGCGUUCUUAGCAUAUAUUUCAGAAGGAUUUGGAAGCUCGCAGAACUGGGAGCUGGUCAUGAAGUAUCAAAGGAGGAAUGGAUCCUUGUUUAAUUCACCAGCAACCACCGCCUCUGCUUUUACUCACCUUAAGAAUGCUGAUUGUCUUAAGUACCUACGCACACUCUUAGAAAAGUUUGGGAAUGCAGUUCCAACGGUUUAUCCUCUACAUAAACAUGUCCGUCUUUCUAUGGUUGCCAGUCUUGAAAGUUUGGGUGUUGAUCGACAUUUCAGGGAGGAAAUUAGAAGUGUACUGGAUGAAACAUACAGAUGCUGGCUGCAGGGUGAUGAAGAUAUAUUUUCCGAUGCUGCCACUUGUGCAAUGGCAUUUCGACUCUUACGUGUUAAUGGAUAUGAUGUUUCUGCAGAUCCAUUAACUCAAUAUUCAGAAGAUCGUUUCUUCAAUUCCCUUGGAGGGUAUAUGAAGAACAUCGGUGAUGCCUUAGAAUUGUUUAGGGCUUCAGAAACCAUCAUACAUCCAGAUGAAUCCGUCCUAGAGAAACAACAUUACUGGACGAGUCAUUUUCUGAAACAGGAGUUAUCCAAUACUUUAAUUCAGGGUCAUAGACUGAAUAAGCAUAUCGGCCUAGAGGUGGCUGAUGCUCUUAAAAUUCCUCGCUACGCAAUUUUGGGUCGGUUGUCAACCAGGACAGCUAUAAAAUAUUACAACACAGACAGUACAAGGAUUUUAAAAUCUUAUUAUCGUUGUUUGAAUAUUGGAAAUGAAGAUUUCCUAAAGCUGGCUGUGGAUGACUUCAAUAAUUGCCAAUCUAUACACCGUGAAGAACUCAACCAUUUUACUAGGUGGGUUGAGGAGUACAGAUUAGACAAGCUAAAGUUUGCUAGGCAGAAGCAGGCAUACUGUUACUUCUCUGCUGCUGCAACCCUUUUUCCUCCCGAACUAUCAGAUGCACGCAUAUCAUGGGCCAAAAAUGGCGUCCUUACAACUGUGGUCGAUGAUUUCUUUGACGUUGGAGGUUCCGAAGAGGAACUGAUAAACCUCAUACAAUUGGUUGAUAAGUGGGAUGUGAAUGUGAGUGUUGAUUGUUGUUCCGAGAAUGUUGAAAUUAUAUUUUCAGCACUCAAGAACACAAUCAACGAGAUUGGAGCCAAGGCAUUCACGCGGCAAGGACGCAGUGUGACAAGUCAUGUUACAGGGAUUUGGUUGGAUUUGAUCAAGUCUGCCUUCAAGGAAGCCGAGUGGUUGAGAAACAAGUCAGUUCCAACAAUGGAGGAGUAUAUGGAAAAUGCAUACGUAUCAUUUGCCUUGGGGCCAAUUGUCCUUCCAGCUCUCUAUUUGGUUGGGCCUCAGCUUUCAGAGGAGGCUGUAGGAAGUUCCGAAUUCCUUCAUCUGUAUCGACUUAUGAGCACAGCUGGGCGCCUUCUCAAUGAUAUCCAAGGGUUUAAGAGAGAAUCUGCAGAAGGGAAGCUAAAUGCUGUGUCCUUGGCCAUGAUUCAUGGCAGCGGCAUUACUGAGGAAGAGGCCAUUAACGAGAUGAAGAAUGUAAUAGUCAGUAAGAGGAGAGAAUUGCUAAGAUUAGUUUUGCUCGAGAAGGGUAGCGUAGUUCCGAGAGCUUGCAAAGAUUUGUUUUGGAACAUGAGCAAAGUGCUGCACCUGUUUUACGCUAAGCAUGAUGGAUUCACAGCACAUGAUAUGAUGAAGACGGCAUAUUCAGUUAUAGAAGAACCCAUCCUUCUCAGUGAACUGUAACUUUUGGCAUGUGUAAUAGAGCUACAAAUAACUGUCUUCCACAAGUUUGCAUCUUUUUUCUGAGAUAAUAUAAGUUUUCAU